GGGCCGCGGCUGUGCUACUGACACGAGCUUAGUGGCGAGAGAGGCGGCGCUGCGAUAGUUCCCUUUGCCUGUCACCGUCUGAAGCGGGGCAACAGGAAUGUAUGGCAGGAACUGCCCUCCACACGCGGGGAGCCUCCUGCGGAGCAGCCGGAUCGAUGCUCAGUCGGAUCGAUGCCGUGCCCGCCGGCGUCAUGCAAAUCGCCUUCUUUGUAUCAGUAUCAAUAUUAUUAAAGUCAAUACCCAAAUGUAAUCGUCUUUUCUCCAUGGUGGACAGCAGAAAUGGCAUGUUAAUUUAGCAAUGCGAUUCUUCAAAUGUAAGCAAUGUAUUUUUGUAAAUAAAAUCAAUAUGAGCAUUAAAGGAUUUUGCAGUUUACUUCAUUAUGUAAACUCUGUGGUAGUUGAACUCAUUUUCCUUCAGUUAUUCACAUCAGCCAUAAUGGGUAAUGUCUCUAUAACGAUUUACAUUAUAAAGCUUUGCAGCUCAAAAACUAUCGCAGUUUGUCAUUAAAGCCAUUCCUUCUAAUAACAACAUUAAUUUUAAACCUAACAAUUGAAUGAAGAUAGUGAUGAACCAUAAAACUAUAUCUGAGAUACAGCAUGCCUGAGAUGGGGGCUUUGUUGCACAAAAAGAACAGGAUCCUUUUACUUAUCCCAAAGAAAGGCCUAUUGAUGUCAUUUUAGGGACAGUACCUUAAUUCAGCCAACUCCCUUACAAACGAGUAUGCAGUGAAGUUACUCAGUUAUCUAAUAAAGUUAUUAACUCAUAGCCCGACCUUCCAGGGCAGAUGCUGCUGCUGUUUUCCAUGGAGCAGCAUUUGGUGCCUGUCCCACCUCUGCAGCUCACAGUGCCGUGGGGAAAGCACUGAAGUGGGGACCUUGAUUCCCAUUGACUCGGGCUCAGGCCUCACUGCAGGCUUGGAUUGUGGUCAGCUACUUCUUACAUGAGCUCUUCACCACUGGGUAUUUAUUUUCUGAAUUACGUUUGAGUUUUCCACAGCUGCGUUUCAAGUUUCCUAAACACCCAAAUAUGUUUGCAAAUACACAGUAAAAAAUGCUGUUAACCUGUACAGCAGAGAAAAAGCUGUCGAUUUAAAAGGCGAGAGGGCAUUCAUUUUCCCAGAAAUUAAGUAUAUUAAUAAAUUCUGGAAGGACAAAGGGAAAUUGCAUUAUUCUCAUGAAGGCAAAGUUCUAUGCAGGCAGAACAAAUCCCAGCUACUGUAAGAUGAAAACCCCUGUAUGCCAGAGACCAAAAUUUUCUCCAGAGCUGAUGCCUAAUGUGGCGCGCAUUCUUGGGAAAUAGCGAUCAUCAGUCUUGCUGUUUGCAGAUUAAAAGCCAAAUGUAGACUUUGUCUCACUUAAUAAACAUAUAAUAAGAAAAUAAUUCAACAGCUCCAGCUUCAGUCACGCAGUUCAUGAAAUCCUGCUAAACUGAUGUAGCCGCCAUCACAGGCUGGGUGUUAGUUGCACCAGGCAGUGCUACAUGUUUUUUUUUUUAGCAAGUGUUAAUUAAAGCGCUCGUCUCCAGGCGCAGAGCUCCCCUCCCCUGGGCGGACUGCGGCAGCGGGCGCGGCUGUUUCCGUCGGGGCAAUGGGAAUGCCCGAGGGGCAUUCAGGGGAAGGGGCUGCCGGCGGGGCGGCACGGGGCCCGGCAAGGAGGCUGCAGAGACGAUCCCUUCUGGUUCCUGCAGCGCUCCCAGGGGUGUCCGAGCGCCUCGGAAAGGGCAAGGAGGCUGCAGAGACGAUCCCUUCUGGUUCCUGCAGCGCUCCCAGGGGUGUCCGAGCGCCUCGGAAAGGGCAAGGAGGCUGCAGAGACGAUCCCUUCUGGUUCCUGCAGCGCUCCCAGGGGUGUCCGAGCGCCUCGGAAAGGGAGCCAGGCCAAGGGCAGCGGAGCCCCUGCAGCCUCCGCCCGCGCGGGGGCGCUGCCGCCGCCGCCCCCUCCUCCCUCCCUCUCCAUGGUGCUCUGCCCUCCGCCUUUGCCCUCCGCUUCCGGCGUUGCCAUGGGUGCGCAGCUUCCGCUUCCGGCUUCCUUGGUACGGGUUCUCCGGUGGAGACGGCGAUGGCGGCGGCCUCGUCCUCCUCCUCCUCCUCUUCUUCUUCUUCUUCUUCAUCUUCCUCCUCUUCCUCCUCCUCCUCCUCCUCUUCUUCCUGCUCCUCCUCGGCGGCCGCCGCGGGUUGCCGGGAGGGCCCGGCGGUGGCGGCAGGGCCCGGCUGGAGCGACUCCCAGUUCCGCCGCUACUCCUUCGAGACGCGGCCCAUCCCGCGGCUCAGCCACAGCGACCCCCGCGCCGAGGAGCUCAUCGAGAACGAGGAGCCAGUGGUGCUGACAGAUACAAAUCUGGUUUAUCCUGCCCUGAAAUGGGACCUGGACUACCUCCAGGAAAACAUUGGCAAUGGGGACUUCUCAGUGUAUAGUGCCAGCACACACAAGUUUUUGUACUAUGAUGAGAAAAAAAUGGCCAAUUUUAAGAACUUCAAACCCAAGUCAAGUAGGGAAGAAAUGAAGUUUGCUGAGUUUGUGGACAGACUCAAAGAAAUACAACAAAAAGGGAGUGCUGAGAGGCUAUAUCUACAGCAAACAUUAAAUGACACAGUUGGAAGGAAGAUUGUAGUGGAUUUCCUUGGCUUCAACUGGAACUGGAUUAACAAGCAGCAAGGGAAACGUGGUUGGGGUCAACUGACUUCUAACUUGCUUCUUAUUGGCAUGGAAGGGAAUGUGACACCAGCUCAUUAUGACGAGCAACAAAACUUCUUUGCUCAGAUUAAAGGUUACAAGAGGUGUAUCCUGUUUCCUCCUGAUCAGUUUGAAUGCCUCUACCCUUAUCCUGUGCACCAUCCAUGUGACAGACAGAGCCAGGUGGACUUUGACAAUCCUGACUAUGAGAAGUUUCCAAACUUCCGGAAUGUGGUUGGCUAUGAGACAGUGGUGGGUCCUGGAGACGUGCUGUACAUACCUAUGUACUGGUGGCACCACAUUGAGUCUCUCCUGAAUGGGGGGAUUACCAUCACUGUGAACUUCUGGUACAAGGGUGCCCCAACUCCAAAGAGAAUUGAGUAUCCAUUAAAGGCUCAUCAGAAAGUGGCAAUAAUGAGGAACAUUGAGAAGAUGCUGGGAGAAGCCUUAGGAAAUCCACAAGAGGUGGGUCCCUUGUUGAAUAUGAUGAUUAAGGGCCGGUAUGACUAAUGCCUGGUGCCCCUGGCUGAUGUUGGAGCUGCUUUGUUCACAAGCAAUGGAAGAUACUGAGCGCUAGUAUUGCACGCAGCACUUAACAGACUGAUGGGUUUCCUGGCCUAUCCUGGCCCCACUACAUUAAAGGGGCUACUGGAACUGCAAAACCAUUAGUACCCUACUCAUCCUCCACUCUCAUCUAACUGAACCUCCCAAGAAAGAGUCUGCACUUACUGGAAGCUGGACUCAUGCUCACUAACUUGUUUAUUUUCUUCCCUCUGCCCUGUUUGCCACAACAAGGAGCAUGGCUUCUGGCACUUGGAUGUGUCACUUCAGGAUUUUCAGGCAUAUGAAGAAGAGCUUGGAGGAUAACCAGGAGCAAUAUUGUUUCCUCAGCCUCAUGGGGUUUGGACCUCUUGGCUGGGUUUGUGUGUUGGUGGUGGCAGUGGAUAUAAGGUGGGAAAUGUUAGGUUUCACAGUCCUCUGUUGUUAGAGGGCGUGUCCCUGCUCAACUCUGGCACCUUUUUGUAUUAAUGGAAAUGAACAUGUAAGAUGGCCUGUGUGUAUUGAGCAACUGGACAAAUGAUUCAGUUACUUCAACCUAAGACAUCUAUGCUUUGGAUGUAGUACAGGGUAGAGAUCAGAAUGAAUUUAUCUUGUGUGUGAGCACCAAAUCCUAUGCUGUCCAAAUAACAUCUGUCUUGUAUGAGUCUAGAUAAAUCUCCUUUCUGACA